AUGAGUUUUGCGCUCACGCUAGUAGCGGCGCAGUCGACGGGGCUUCUGACUCUUUUCCUCGUCGAUUCGGAACCACUGUCCCUCGAAGCGUCCGCCGUCGCCGUCAAUACAGUGGGCAGCGGGCUUAACGCGAAUGCCGUCACUACGCUUGAGGUGGCUUGUCCCACGGCCGCAUCGCCGGCUAACGACGAUUGUCGGGCUGCUGGCAUCUACCCCGCGCAGGUCUUCCACACACAGGGCUCCGUCUGGGGCGGCACGACAACGGAACCGUACGACGAUAGCACGACCACAUGGUACUGUGCGCUUGGAGGGUCGGAGCCGACGCUCACCGCUGCAUGCAACAAGACCAUCGUCAGCGGGAUCGAGACGGUCAGCGUAGUCGCCGGGUACGACAAUUGUUACGUCGCGGCCCAUCAGCGGCCGAUCGUGGUGACGGCAGGCCUGGAAAAGAUCAACCCGGCGCACUUCAUGGAUCUAGAGGCUAGCGAAUACUUGUCCAUCCGAAGCAGCCAGUUGUCCGAGGACGGAUGCCCGUCGAGCAAAUCCCUCAUUUGGCCUGGUACGGUGUCUCGUUACUCGACCUCUUCUCCUCGUACCGGUACGUCGUCGUCGUCAACCAGAACGUCGGCAUCGCCAAGCGGAACACCGUCGUCGUCGUCAACAAUAACGGCAGGGCCUGGCUCGGGGGUCUCGGGCACGAAGCCGACACAAACACAAACAGAGACAACCCUCGCUGCCUCGACGUCAUCGCCCAAUAGCGCGGGCAGUACUGUGCAGCUGCCAUCAUUGGCGUUGCUGGUGGGGGCAGGAAUGGCAGCCGCUGCAGGCUUCAUGAUCGUGUAA